AUGCUUAUUGUAACAACCAUAAAGAUCAUCUUCCUCUUGAUCAAUCAUUUGGUCGCCGCCCAUACUCCACCAAGAGCCAUCUUCCCUUCUGACUGGGUCCACGAAGCUCCCGGUACUGGAUUCCUAGAGAUUUCGAAAUGGAGAGUUCUUCCAACUUACGAUGCUGGCCUCGGACUAGUCCCAAGAAAAGAAGGAGAUGGUGGAAGCUGUGAUAGGAGGGCUAAAUGCAAAAAGAAGAAGAUCCGAAACCCCGCUGACGACUCCAAGUGCAUCAGGUGCCCACCGCUCAUGAAGGCAGACCCCACAAGUACCCUUUGCGUCAGAGACAACGACGUGAGCGAGGAGGAUAAGAGAAAGCAGUACGAGGAGAAAAUCAAAGAAAAGAUCAAAAAAAAGUUCGACAAGUUCAAGGAAAAGAUCAAGGAGCGUCUGGAGAAGAAUAAAGAGGUAAAGAACAAGGAGUGGGAGGAGAAGGACAAACUGAGACAAGACAAAAGGAACCAGAAGAUAUACCGCCGCGAGGCAGUGUGUGUUCCCGCUGUCGCCGCCUCCAUUGGUACAAUAGCCAUGCUUGAGUUGGCUGAUGGUGGCUUCUCUGAAGACUUGUUUGACAGCAUCGACGGGGAUAUGCUCCAGUUCUGGCCCAGCAAUGACAUCACCGACGACUGGCUAGACAAUGCGUUGCCUGACGACGAGAGUGAUAUCACCAACGAAGACUAUGUUAACGAGUUCCUGGUGGUUGGUGAUGCGGCUUCGGGGAAUUCAAAGCGAUCCAUCGAGAAAGGGGAUAUCCAUAGUACCGCUCAGGCAAAUUCGGAGAAUUCAGAGCUGUCUAAUGAGAAGCGAAAUAUCUUUACUGCAAUUGCCAACGCUUUUAGGGCUCUUGGUCGUGCCAUUGCGGCUGCGGCUACAAGAAGAGCCGGUGGGGGCAAAACAGUCGCUCGGGCGACUAGAUAUUUCUCAGACGGGAAAAAGCCAAACUUGAAGAAGCCGGGUGAAACGAAGUUGUCGCGCGCGGAGCAAAAGGACAAAGCCAAAGAGAUCUCGCAGAACAAGAACUGGACGAAAUGUCUUCGUGGUGAAAAGCCCGAGAAGUAG